GAAGCUGGUAGAGAAAUGGAACUAGUUGUGUAAGAUGUACAGACUGAACCAUCAUCCUGAGCCGGCGUACAUUUCGGGGGAGUUCGUGAACGAUACCAUGUAUAAUCCCCAACACGGCCUCCACCUUCUCUUCUCGUCAAUCAGAUGGGAUCUAAUCAGAUGUGGGGCGCAAUCGCCACCCGGAGCGCGGCGAAGUCACUUUAACUUGAGAACCCCAGAAAAAACCAACCACCAACCAAGUCGACCGUCAUUCUGAUCCGUCAAGCAGUCAAGCAGAGACUGUCAGUCACAAUGACCGGAGGUGCAAUGUACACAACAAGAAACACCUCCACAACCCCCGCCUCCCAUGGCGGCAUCAAAACCCGCACCGAGAUCAUCUCCUCGCAGUCCGAAGUCCCGUCUCUCUCAACAUCCACCUCAACCACCUCCUCGCCACCAGCUACACCCCCCCUCACCGAGACCCCCGUCCCCACAAAAUGCAAGAACUGUACCUGUUGCGCAAAAGACGCUUUCGAGAAUUGUCAAAUCGAUAUCGUGCAGGACGUCACGAACUCCAUCGCAAACAUGGGUUUAGAGGUCGAUUUCACGACGUAUCCGACCGCACUCGCAAAAGCUCAAAAGGAGAUCGAGGAGAAAGAGGGAGCGGUCAAGGUUCCUGUUUUGCCUGCACUCUCGCUGAAGAAGAAGGCGGCGGUGCAGAAGGGGGAACAGAGUGAGCAUUUUGAGUAUCCGACGGAUAACCCCGCGUUCGAUCAGCUCCCGUUCCCGCGUGCUCUCUUGACCCCCGGGUUGAAAUUGACGAACAUCACCUCCCUCCCUGCCUCCAUCCUCUCGAUGAAAGGUAAAGACCAGAGCCAGAAGCGGGAGACAUCCUCCUACGUUCCCCCCGAUUGGGUUACGCCCCAUUUCCCGGAUACGCCGACUUUCCACGCUCCCAUGACCGAUGCGCGAGAGUUGACAAAACCGGGUGCGUCGAAGCGCGUAUUCCAUAUGGCGAUGGACGUAGAGGACUACCCACUGAACGAAGGCGAAGAAUGGAUGGUGGGCGGUGCGAUCGGGAUCAUCGCACCGAACGCUCCCGAUAUGGUGGAUGAUAUACUCGAUGCGUUGGGGUUGGUGGAUGUUGCGGAUGAAGUUGUCGAGUUGUCUACGGAGGGCGGGAGGUGGCCGACACUUUGGGGUGAUGAGAAACCGAGGUGUAUGGAGACCACGAGGAGGGAAUUGAUCACGUGGACGGUCGAUAUCCAAUCUUUCCCACCUACCAAGAAACUCCUCCGCGUACUCGCCGAAUACGCGACAAACACGAAAGAAAAAACGAUUUUGACGUUUUUGUGCUCGAAGCAGGGACAGAGUGCCUUUUUGCAGUUGAGGGCGAGUGCGCAUUUGACGCUUGCGCAGUUGUUGCGUGCGUUCCCGUCGACGAGGGGGUGUGAGUUGAGUCAUAUCCUCGGUGUGUUGCCGCCGUUGAAUCCGAGGUGGUAUUCGCUUUCCAACGAUCCGAUGCACGCGCCUGGGAGGAAAACCCUCGAGAUGGCGUUCACGAUCGUCGACAGUCCGGAUUAUAAACGUGGGGUGCGGUAUGGUGUCGGAACGGGAUUCUUGGAGCGCAUCACGAGUGAGUGGGUUAGAGAGGGUGGAAAGAAGGAUAUUAAGGUUCCGAUGUUUAGGGGAGUACACGCAAACCCCCUCGCACGCGAAUUCUCCGCUUUCAACGGACCCAUGAUCCUCAUUGGCGCCGGAGUCGGCGUGGCCCCGUUCAGAGGCUUCGUACAGCGGAUGUUCAAGACAGCGACUGAUAUCGAUAACCCACCCUCCAAGAUAUGGGUUUUGCAGGGGUGUAGAGACCACACCGUCGACGAACUCUACUGCGGAGAAUGGGUCGGUCUCGAUGGUGACUCCCGCCGCGUCGUCGAAUCACAGACCGGAAAGAGGGAGUACGUGCAGGAUGAGGUAUUGCGCCAUGGAGACCGGGUGUGGAGGGUGAUGAGUCAGGAGGGCGGGAAGAUCUUUAUGUGUGGGAGUGGGAAGAUGGCGAGUGAGGGGGUUGUUGAGGCCGUUGCAUGGAUUGACGAGGAGGAGGAGCCUAUUGCAAGAAGAGCUUGGUUAGAGGAAAAUGUAUGAUAACUCAUUACUUGGAGCACGUACGCGAGCUCGAGGACUUUAUUGUUCGUUG